AUGAAGACAAGCGCAGUAUGUCCCGCAGGUACAGCCUUGAAGCCCAGUGGAAAAUGUGUCUUGCGAGAUCGCAGCAAGUCACACGAGGUCGUGGCUGUGACCAGCUGCGACCAGCCGCGAGAAUUUGGACUAUAUGCGAUCUUGAGCGAGCUCAAUCAAACGUGGUCGCAGGCUAGCACAGUGCCAAGUGGGAGAAUCGAGGCAUUUCGCACCUACUCGAAUAUUAAGUCGCUCACCCUCGCCAUCGUGCGAGCUCCUGCGACAUCGCGCGAUCUACUUCGACCUGCUCCGCUCACGCCCCCACUCCCGCUCUCGCCAUCGCCCCCGCUCCCCCUCCUGCUCCCACCCCCGCUCCCCCUCCUGCUCCCGCCCCCGCUCCCCCUCCUGCUCCCGCCCCUGCUCCCACCCCCGCCCCUGCCCCCACCCCUGCUCGUACCCCCGCCCUCACAACUACGCACCCCUGCACGCACGCGCAUGCCCACCCCCCUGCCUGCGCACGUACCCGCACCCGCGCACUGA